AUGGCUCAUAGGCCGCGCAACGUGGUUUCCAAGGUCGAAGGUGACGCACUAAAGGAACUCAAGGUCGACAACGAUCUCGUUAUCGUGCCUGCGGAUAAGGCGCGUUCCACGGUCGUAAUGGACAGGACAGACUACAUUCAGAAGGCCAAAAGUUUGUUGGAGGAUCGUCAGUCCUAUAUCCCAUGCGAAUCCAUCCUCAUAAAGACGCUGACACGCGGGAUCAACGCGACGCUGUUGACAACGGAGAACUCGGGUCUAAUAUCACCGAUCGACCGACGUGUGGCGAGAGCGCAAGAAACGGCCCUGGCCCGGUUGUACGGCCUCCCAAAAGUGCACAAAGAGGGCGCUCCUCUCCGGCCAAUCUUAUCAUUAAAAGGUACUUCAACCUACGGACUGGCAAAGUGUUUUUUGACUUCUUAAGUUUCCGACCUCCGAUUUAAACACCACAGUCAGCUCGUCAAGACAAUUCUUGAAGAAACUUGCAGGGGUAGGUCUCCUGCCAAGCGAAAGCAUGGUAUCUUUCGAUGCCACAUCCUUUUUUACUUCCAUCUCAAAGGACCAGGCAGUCGAGACCAUUGAACUGCUUCUACGAGACAAGUAAAAUGAAACGGAGAACCGCCUCCGACACGCCCAUUUCCUUCAACUCUCGAAGUUCUGUCUCAAGACGUACUUUACGUUUGAUUGAAUAAUCUGCGAACAGGUUCGCCGAUUUCAGGAAUCAAAGCCGAGGCGGUCCUACAAUGGUUGGAGUCGUUGGUUUUUCGACACCACAGAGCGAAAUUUUGGGCUCGGCAUGUGGAUGAUACCUUCGUCGUCAUCGAACAGAAUUAGAUGCUGAGAUUCAAAGAGCGUUCCAACGCCAUCUUACCGGACAUUUACUUUACAAUGCAGGGAAAAGAAAACAAUCAGCUGGCCUUUCUGGAUGUCCCCCUUUGCCGCAAAGAUUAUGUUGACCUAAAAACCAAAGUAUUCAGGAAAGCGAUAAACACGAUGAAAGUACUGAAUUUCAGCAGUUAUCACUCGAUUUGUCACAGAAGUAGUUACGUAAGGGCACUAUGCCGGCUCGUUAGGACGCAUUGCAGUGAAACGGAGGACAAGGUUGUUAAAUUAUUAUAUCUUCGAUGAUUACUGAGAGCCAAUGACUACCCGUUGGACUUUGUCAACCGGUGCGUACGUAAGCGAAACCAGAAACCAAAUCCAACCGGCCCAAAAUUCUGGCUGGCUCUCUCAUAGGUGGAGAACGUCUCGGAAGCCGUCAGCCGCCUCCUCACACCACUUGGAUUUGGACUUGCACACAGGCCGGAAGCAACCGCCAGGCGACAAGUCAUGAGACCAAAAGACCCGUUGUCACAGCGAGAAACGUCUGGAGUCGUUUACCGGAUCUGUCGCAGUUGGGUACAGAGCAGCUACGUCGGAGAAACUUGGAAAUUACUCCUGACGCGGAUGAUCGAGCUCGCACUAACGACGAGGAGGAAAGACGCCAGCUCUCAGGUGGCGACUCAUUUCACGGAACAUGGUUCUCAAGCCCGCAAUCCAUCAACAAACGCAAUGACCUUCCGGUAUCAUACUCAGUAUUGACAACUCCCUGAGCAGGGGAAUCAGUCGCGUAAGGAAGGGGCGAGCGAGCAACAAUACAGGUGACAGUGGACCAAAUUGCCGAGUUAUCAUCACGCCAACAUCCAGCACUGAUGAUGAAAUUCCGGUAAUUAUCGACUCGGACGCGGACUGACAAGCCUUCAUCGCCUCAAUUACGGCCCCUGGCGGUGAUCGCGAGAGCUGUUGAGUAUAUUACGCAUGUGGCCCCACGGCAGCUACGGACUAUAAAUAUUGCAGUUCUUGUGCUUCCACUAUCCUUAUCUACAGCCCUCUCUGAUGACGGGUCCGAGUGAAAAUCCAAAACGUCAGGCCAACAAACUUCUUGCUCCAGUGAUCGUAUCUUCUCCUUCUCCUUCUCCUUCUUCUUCUUCUUCUUCUUCUUCUUCUUCUUCUUCUUCUUCUUCUUCUUAGAUGCUUGGUUCGUGACAUCUGCAUGAAGAUCGUGGCCCGCAGGCUGCAAUACAUGCGGUCGAAGCAGCCGCGCAAGAAACCUCAGUGAUUCCUUUUGCUUUCCUUCUCCUCUUUGCUCUACCCCUCAGGCUGCUAGGGUGAGUCCGCUCGUUCUGGCAGCCUGAUGAUCAUUUCUUUUAGACAGUCUGAGAAGCAACCGACCGGGACAGAGGAUGUCGAUAGUCGCUCAUGAACUGGCCCGAUUCCAGUUAGACAUUGCUGCUUUCAGUGAUACCCGUUUCUCAAAGCAAGGACGACUGAAGAAGGUGGGUACAGGUUAUACUUUGACAGAAUGACAUUUCCGACAAAGACAAGGGAGACUGGAAUGGCCAUUUCUGGCUUAUUAGCCGUCGUCAGCCAGUCAUACCCAACGCCGAAGUGUGGCACACCCGAGGCUCGAACUCGCGACCUGUCUGUUAGAGGUCCACGCCUCUGACCACUGCGCCACGAGCCCGUUGCCCUGUCGGUUUUCGAUUGCUAUACUUUCUUCUGGAGUGGCCGCCCAAGCGCAGAGGGACGAGACGCAGUCGUCGCCUUUGCCAUCCGAAACGACAUCGAGGGACUACUGCCCUGUCUGCUGCAGAACAUCGAAGAUCGCCUGAUGAGCCUCCAACUGUCCCUCUGAUGAGACAAAUUCGCCCCUAUGACCAGCGUCUACGCCCAAACAAUGACCGGCUCAGAGGAGGACGUUCGUCGUCGUCGAACGGGACCAGGUGCUAACGUUCAAAGAACGUCUCAACAGCGUUUUCCCGGGCAUACAAUUUACGAUGGAGGAGGAAUAAAAUAACCAGCUGGUAUUCCUUGACAUCCUCGUCUGUCGCAAAUAUUGUGGUGGUCUAACGACCAAAGUGUUCAGAAAACCGACGAACACGACGUAAACACUGAACUUCAACAGUAACCAGACAGUCAGCCACAAACGCAGUUGCGUAAGAACGCUAUAUCGGCGUGUUGAGACGCACUGCAGUGAAUCGGAAGACAAGGUUGCCGAAUCCCAAUAUCUUCGACGGGUUUUCAGAGAAAAUGGUUACUCGCGCAACUUCGUCAACCGGUGUAUGCGCAAACUAGACGAGCGACAAAAUCGUGCCGAUCUCAAAUUCUGACGAGCGAUCCCGUACAUCAAGAACGUCUCUGAGGCCGUUAGCCGCCUUCUUGCACCACUUGGGGUUGGAGUUGCAGACAGACCGGAGGCCACCAUGAGCUGUCAGGUGACGAGAUCAAAAGACCCACUGCCACGGCAAUAAACAUCUGGAGUCGUUUACCGGAUCUGGUGCAGUUGCGGACAAAGCAACUACGUCGGAGAAACUGGAAAACUGCUGCGAACGCGAAUUUCCGGACACGCGGCAGCGGUACGGUGAAAUGACGCCAACUCUCAGGUUGCGGCCCAUUCGAUGAGAUCCGGUCACACAUUCAAGUUCGAUGAGGCCGAAAUUCUCGCGAGAGGGGAUAAUCGCGUGAGCCGCGAGUUGCUUGAGUCAUGGUUCACGGGACCUCAGUUUAUCAACAAGUGCAACGACAUCCCCUCUCCAUAUUCCGUGUUGAGGCAUACGCUAGCCGAAGUAAUUGACCACUAGGGGAGCGCGGAAGCCGGUGAGCCAGAUGGCCGAGCAAUCACCACGCCAGCAUCCGAUGCGGGUGAUGACAUUUCGGCAAUUAAAAACUUGCAGGCCGGCUAUCAAGCAAUUAGCGCACAAGCGGGCAACGAUCCAUCAUGAAGGGGAGCGCGGUUAAUAGCUAAAGGUAUGUGGUAGCAUAGCCACUGCAUCCUGUAAAUACUGCAACUUCCUGUGCACGAGUCACCCUUUUCUGUCACUGUCUCUGAUGAUGGAUUCAAGUGAGAAUCCGAGACGUCAGGCGAAUAAAGCCCUUGUUCCAGCGAUCGCUUCUUCUUCUGAUCAACUAGUUCCUGGAACUCGCACUAUCGCCUGAUAAAUUGAUUGUUCUUGGCGACUCCAAUGCCAGCAUCGGGACAGCCUGUGCCGCCUGGAGGGGAGUGCUUGGUCCUCACGGAAUCGCCGGUUGCAACGACGAUGGCCACCUUCUCCUGCUAACCUGCACAGAACACGGCCUCCUGCUGACCAGCUUCUUCUUCCGCCUGCCGACGCGGAAUCGACACGGGCUCCACCUCAACACCAGACUGAAUAUGUACAAGGCGGUCAUACCGCCAGCGAUGUAUGAAGCGCAGACCUGGAUGGCAUAUAAGGAGCAGGCGCGAAUACUCAUUCAUCUCCACCUCAGCUGUCUUCGACGGAUACUGAAACUCAGAUGGCAGGACCGAAUCCCGGACAUGGACGCACUGGAGCGAACGGGAAUCCUCAACAUUUACGCAACGCUAAGACAGCUGAAACUGCGUUGGAGUGGCCACAUCGUGCGGAUGGACAACGAGCGGUGCCAAAACAACUCUUUUACGGAGAUGUCGUCAAGGGUUCCCGCCGGCAGGCAUCUCCUGCACAUCCAUCAUGCCUGGCUCAAUCCAUACCCCGCCGCCUAA